AUGGCGGGCCAGCAAGACGUCGAGGCCGCGCCUGGCAGCCAGGGAGGGGAAUCUGAGGUCGUGCAGCUGCCGGAGCCGCGGUCGAGCACGACGGAGUCGCCCCAUGCAUCUGCACCUGCAGCGGCACCUGCAGCUUCGAGCCAGGACCAGAAUGAGAAGACUCUGUCUCCUGCGGCGGCGGAGAAGGUGGACGAGGUGGUGCCGAAUGGCAACAGCAACGGCAACAGCUUCAUCGAGCCUUCGUCGUCGGCCUCGCCUUCGGAGAAGCGGUCGCUCAACAAUGAUGGCAAUGGGGAUGAGCCUGAGCCUGUUGUGUCGCUCAAGGUGUGGAUCGUGGCCGUGAUCCUCUCCUGCGGCUACGGCCUUUCAUUCUGGCCCAUCCCCGUCGUGGCCGCCAUCGGUGUCCCCCUAGCCACCGACCUCGGCGAUCCCACUGGCUACGUAUGGUGGAUUCCGGCCUGGACCGUCUCCAUCACCGUGUCGUUCAUGAUCUUCGGUCCCAACACCGAUCUGCUCGGCCGCCGCUGGUUCCUGGUCCUCGGUAACCUCGUUACCACAGUCGGCCACAUCGUCGUGGCCACAGCCAAGAACACCAACCAGGUCACCGCCGGCCUGGCCAUCAGUGGAUUCGGCGGCGCGUGCUGUCAGAUGGCGGCCUUCGCGCUGCCAGAGCUGCUGCCGAACAAGUGGCGCCACAUCGGAGUCGUCAUUGCAGAUCUGGUCGUGUACGCUGCCGUCAUCGUUGCGCCGGUCACGGCGAGGUACGGUUACGAAUUUAACCAGUGGGAGUGGAAUUUCUGGGGUUGCACCAUCUUCCAGUUCCUGAGUUUCGUCGGCCUCCUGCUGCUCUAUUUCCCACCCGCGAGACCAAACGGGUUGCCGAUUGCCACCGUCAUCAGAGAGAUCGACUACCUCGGCAUCGUGCUGUUCACCAUCGGCGCGGUCCCUGUGCUGGUCGGCAUCGUAUACGCAGGUCUAUUCCCCAGCGACGAUCCGCACGUGGUGGCCAAUCUGGUAGUGGGAUUCUUCUUCCUGAUCUGCUUCUCGCUGUGGGAGACGUUCGGCAAGCUCAAGCACCCUCUAGCGCCGACACACAUCUUCACCAGCUCGUGGGGCCGGGACUUCACGGCGCCCGCCAUCGCGCUUGGCGUCGUCAACAUGUUCUACUACUCCAGCUCCAUCGUGUGGCCGCUGAUGAUCCAGAACUUUUACACCAACGGCGGCGCCGACUGGGAGUACGGCGUCAUCCUGUCCCUGCCACAGGGCUUCGGCAUCUUCUUCGGCGCCAUGUUGCUCACGUGCCUCGGCAGCCGGAUCAAGAACUGGCAGUGGCAAUUGACCGGCGCCGUCUUCAUCAUGGUGCUCUUCGGCUCGCUGUUGGGCAUGGUCACGCCGGAUAACAAGGGUCUCAUGACUGCGUUCUUGUUCCUGAGCCAGACCGGUUUCGGCUGGGCGCUGUACCUCGCCAUCGCCAUUACGCAGAUGGGUGUCGAGCAGAAGGACCUGGGUAUUGCAGGCGGCGUGUCCGGCACGUUCCGCUUUGCGGCCGGUGCCAUUGCCACGGCUGUUUACACCACGGUAUUGAACAACAAAGUCGCCGAGGAGACCGCGAACCUUGUCCCGCCUGCGGCUUUGGGUGCGGGAUUGGAGGAGACGGAUCUGGCGGGCUUGUUCGAGGUUCUGGGCACGCCGGCCUUCGCUACUGAGUACGGUUCUGAGGUUGUAUUGGCGGUGACCGAAGCGAUGAAUGAGGUGUAUUGUCGCGGUAUCUUCCUCGUCGCGAUGGUCUCCCUGGCAUUUGGUAUAGUGGGCUUAGUCGCCUGCGCACUGUGCAAGGAUGUGGAUGCAAAGAUGAACAACAAGAUCGAGGUGUACCUGGAGAACACGAAUCUAGCUGACAGGAACAAGUACCACUGA